AUGUAUGGAAUAAACCAGCGCUGUAUUUACAUAUCAUUUCACUUUUUCGUGCUGUGGUGCCAUGCUCAGGGGGAGAAUCACCCGUCUCCUAAUUUUAAGCAGUAUGUGAGGACGCAGGGCGCAGUGACGGACCAGCUGAGCCGCAGACAGAUCAGGGUGUACCAGCUCUACAGCCGCACCAGCGGGAAACACGUCCAGAUUCAGGGCAAACGGGUCACCGCUACCGCUGAGGAUGGAAACAUGUACGCUCGCCUGUUUGUUGAGACGGACACGUUUGGCAGUCGCGUGAGGAUAAGAGGAGCAGAAAGUGGGCGCUACCUCUGCAUGAACCGGAAGGGUAAACUUGUUGGAAAGCCCAAUGGUCGGAGCAGGGAUUGUAUCUUCACAGAGAUAGUGCUGGAGAACAAUUACACGGCGUUCCAGAAUGCCAAGUAUGAGGGCUGGUAUGUGGCCUUCACCAGGAAAGGGAGGCCCAUCAAAGCCUCCAGGACGAGGCAGAACCAGAGAGAGGUCCAUUUCAUCAAGAGGCUACACACGGGCCCCCCUCCCUUCCCCAACACGAACCAAAGCAAACACUUUGAGUUCAUCCGAUUUCCGUCCACACGUCGAGCGAAGCGGAACAGGAAAUCACAUACCUCUUCUUAACACGCAGCAAAAGACAUGGACUGAUACCAGCUGUGAAAUAGGAAGAAACAGAUGCAAUUUUAUUUUUGUAUAUUUUUGAUAGGUAAGCAAUGGUGAAAAUGCCAUAAAUGUAGAGUAAUAUUGCUGUAAAAUGGUCACGUGUAAAUACUGAA